CAGAUAGCCCCAUCUUCAGUCAAUUAUUCCAUCUUCACAUUCACAAUCAAGUGAAGAUGCUCAAAUUACUAAUUCUGGCCUCUCUGCCAGCAAUCAUCUUUCACCAACAAUUAACCAUCUAUACACUCCCCUACCUCCCAACAUCAGUCCAUCCAUAUCUCCCCCUCCCCCUCACAACCCUCCCCCAAGGAAUCCUCAUCGGCAAAACCCUCAAACAAGAUCUGAAAACACCCAUCGAUGCAUUCCUAGGUAUUCCAUACGCGGUAUCACCAGUCGGCGAGAGAAGAUUUCGUCCUGCUGUUCCUGUCCCGGCGGGUGAGGGGGUGGUUGAUGCGCGGGAGUUUGGGCCGAGAUGUCCGGGAAAACAACUCCUGCAGGUGACUGGGGAUGUCAAGUAUAGCGAGGAUUGUCUCACUGUGAAUGUCUUCCGGCCAAGUCGGAAGGAUGGAGGGAAGAAACUGCCUGUGGCGGUUUAUGUGCAUGGAGGGGCUUAUAAUAGAGGAACUUCAUCAAUGCACAACACCGCCUCGAUGAUCAGCUGGUCAGAAGAGCCGUUUAUCGGUGUUAGUUUUAAUUAUCGAAUCGGUGCACUCGGUUUCCUACCAUCGACGCUCUCAGCUGAAGAAGGGAUUCUGAAUCUCGGUCUGCGCGAUCAGAUUGUCUUGCUGCAAUGGGUGCAGGAUAAUAUUGAGUCGUUUGGUGGCGAUCCGUCGCAGGUUACGGUGUUUGGAUUGUCGGCCGGUGCUCACUCGAUCGCCCACCACAUCAUGAACACAGAUCUACCACCCCUCUUUCACCGUGCGAUCAUCGAAUCUGGCAGUGCAACAUCCCGUGCCGUGCAUCCGUACAAUGCGCGUCUCCACGAAGACCAAUUCAACGAGUUCAUCUCUUUGGCAAACUGCACCACGUCCAAAGACCACAUCAUGUCUUGUCUCCGCUCAGCGCAGGAGCCAGUCAUCCUGAACGCCUCCUACACCGUCUUUGCAAAAUACAACCCCUCCGUCCGCUGGGCUUUCCAGCCCGUCAUUGACGGCGACCUGAUCAAACAGCGUCCCAUCGACGCGUGGAAAAGCGGAAAGUGGCAACGAAUGCCGAUAAUAACCGGCUUCAACACAAACGAAGGCACAUACUACGUCCCAUCUACCGUAGAGACAUCAGAGCAGUUUGACGACUUUUUCAAAACCCUACUCCCAGCCUACUCAUCGCAAGAUAUCCAGACCAUCUCAAACCUCUACCCAGACCCACUCUACGCAGACGACUCACCAUAUAUAGAGCGCAGAAACAUCCCCGUCGGCCCACAAUAUAAGCGGCUUGAAGCAGCGUACGGACACUACGCAUACGCUUGUCCAGUCCGCCAGACUGCAUCGCUUGCCUCGCAGGAUCAGAACGCGCCUAUCUUCCUCUAUCACUGGGCAUUAAAUAAGACCGUGCAAGGUGGCGCAAACCACGGCGACCAGAUGGCGUAUGAGACGUUUAAUCCGGAAGUGAGGAGUAUUUCGCCUUCGCAGCGGGAAAUGGCUGGUACGCUACAUGCAUACUUUACCUCGUUUAUCGUAACUGGGGAUCCGAACAAGUUCGCAGGAAUGUAUGCAGACAGACCACAGUGGAAUGCAUACGGUGCGGAAAGGAAAGAAAAAAUCAUGCUCUUCGGCGAGGGAAAUGACGAACGGGCAGGCGGGGAUGGAAAAGGCGUGAUCGCGCAGAUGAAAGAGGAUGAAUGGAGUAGAAAGGAGUGUGAUUUCUGGUGGACCAAGGCUGGCAUUUCGGAUGUUUUUUAAUUAAGCUCUUCUAUAGAUAGCGUGCAUGGCUGUCAGAGGCGAUAGAUAGCUUAUUACACAUGGCAGAGAGAUAAGAGAUGAAUGAAAUGCCUCAGAUAAGAUAUUCUGACCGGAACCGGGCCGGUGAUGUAGCCUUUAAGGCUUAUUGCAUCCGGUGACAUUGACAGGCAGAUAAAGUUGUGGCUGACAGAUAGUUUAUCUAUCCUCG